AUGGUCGGUGCGCACCACCACAUCACGACAGCGUACAGCCCGUGGGCCAAUGGCACCGUCGAAGUCGUCAAUCGACUCGUGCUACGAGCAGUCAAGGCCCUGCUCAACAAGAUGCGACUCAACGUCGAAGAUUGGCACCUGGUCCUGCCCUUAGUUCAAGGCGCGCUUAAUCAUCAGCCAGCAAAUCGGCUGGGCGGAGUUGCGCCUGUGACUGCGUUCACUGGCCUGCCAGCCAAGACGCCAAUGUCCGGGUUCAGCAAUAUUGAAGCUCUCGCAGCAGCGUUGCACGAUCUGCACCGUGACGUAUCAACACGAAGCGACAAGUUGCGCCAGCAGGCGCGUGGGCGUCACGACAAGAAGAACAAGGUCAAGUUCACGAAUUUUGCCGUCGGCGAUUACUUACUAUGGCGCGGGCCGAAUCAAGUUGUCCGCGUGGUGACCGACCACGUCAUGGAGACGCAGCAGCUGGUGCCGCCGUUUGGAGUAUCGACGCACCACUCGUGCGGGCUCAAUAUGUACCAAGAUUCAAGUCUUGAGGUCACGGAAGACCUCAUCAAUCAAAUCGCGCUCGGUGAUGGCAGAUUCCACGUGGAACGCCUCGAAAAGGUCCGACUCGCUGUUGGUGAAUACCAAGUCCAAGUCAAGUGGAUGGGCCUUGGUGACGAAGAAGUGUCGUGGGAGCUCGUGAGGGAACUCCUCGACGACAUCCCGGUCGUCUUCACUAAGAGGUGCAAGACCCACAAGUCAGCCAAGUACGUGGCCGCGAUGGUGAAGAACCUGGGCCUCCUCUAG